GUCGAUCGUGAAUUAGGGCUGUAUUUCGUCCCCCUCGUUCUCUGUGUUGUUGUCCUCGGUGACGCGACGGAGGUGUAGCCUGACGCGGUCUCUUACGUGUCGGACUAAAUAAAAGUGGAGCUCCGGAGGCCUGGGAGUGACGAGGCGAGUCUGUGUCGGGCAAUCUAAAUGACCAUGGAGGCAGGAGCAGAUGUCCAGCAGGGUGGCGACACUGCAGUCUCAGAGACAGACACUCAGCAGAUUGCCACCUUGGCCCAGGUUUCCAUGGCUGCAGCACAGGCAUCAGCCACUGCGCCUACAGUGACCUUAGUUCAGCUGCCCAAUGGACAAACGGUGCAAGUUCACGGGGUCAUCCAGGCAGCCCAGCCCUCCGUCAUACAGUCCCCACAAGUGCAAACUGUACAAAUUUCUACCAUCGCUGAGAGUGAUGAUUCACAGGAGUCAGUGGACAGUGUGACAGAUUCCCAGAAAAGAAGAGAGAUCCUGUCUAGACGGCCCUCGUACAGAAAGAUCCUGAACGACCUUUCAUCUGAUGCUCCAGCAGUCCCACGGAUAGAAGAAGAGAAAUCAGAGGAGGAUUCUGCUCCAGCCAUAACAACUGUUACCGUGCCAACGCCCAUCUACCAGACAAGUAGUGGGCAGUACAUUGCUAUUACUCAGGGUGGGGCGAUCCAGUUAGCCAAUAAUGGAACAGAUGGAGUUCAAGGGCUACAAACCUUGACCAUGACGAACGCGGCAGGCGCUCAGCCCGGCACCACCAUCCUGCAAUAUGCACAGACCAGCGACGGCCAGCAGAUACUGGUGCCCAGCAAUCAGGUGGUUGUACAAGCGGCCUCGGGAGAUGUUCAGGCGUAUCAGAUCCGCACCGCAGCUGCUAGCACCAUUGCUCCAGGGGUGGUCAUGGCCUCCUCUCCUGCACUGCCCAGCCAGGGAGGAGCUGAGGAGGCCACACGCAAACGGGAGGUUCGGCUAAUGAAGAACAGGGAGGCAGCACGGGAGUGCCGCAGGAAAAAGAAAGAGUACGUUAAAUGUCUGGAAAACAGAGUGGCCGUGCUGGAGAAUCAGAACAAAACGCUCAUCGAGGAGCUCAAAGCGCUAAAGGACCUUUACUGUCACAAAUCUGAAUAACGGCCCUCACACUUACGUGCUGAACGGAUCUCUCUCUGGUGCCUCAAGAGACAGAGACUCUGAACAUACAACAGGCACCUGCACAGCAUCUCUGUCUCUUUUUGUUUCUAUUUCUUUUCCUUUUUUUUUUUUUUUAAAUAUUAUCUUCUGUAAAAAUCCAGUUAUCAGGAAUACAUUGUAAGUUUGUAAGUGUAAACUUUUUUUAUUUCCUUUUUCUCUUUAGAGGAAAGAAAGUCGGUUUCUCUAAGACAAGAAAAAAUAUGAAAUGCAGGGUACAGUUUCGUUAUCAAACACGUUGCCCUACUUUAAGGAGCGUCGCGAAGCAUAAAGAGCACCUUUCAGCUGCGAGCGUGACAGGGAAUGAAUGUUUGUGUGGGUUUAUCAUGGAAACAGCCCAGGGUGCUGCUUCUGAGAGCUGCUCCUGUCACUCUGAGGUUCCUGUUUGAAAGACUUUCCCACACUGCACCAGUCGUUGAUGGCGCUGCCUGCGAGCAUGAUUAAACGGGGAUGGAGAUUCUCACUUUUGCAGCAUGGGUCUUUAAUGAUUGAGAUGAAAUCAGCUGUGCCCUCUCCUGUUGUUUUACUGCUUCUGUUACUAAUACAUAUACUCAUAUUUUUGUUCUUAUAAAGAGAUGUGUGUAUAUAUACUAUAUACAUAUGUGUAUAUAUAUAUAUAUAUAUAUAUAUAUAUAUAUAUACACAUGCCUCUCUUAUGACUCGGAUUGAUAUAUUAUGCGCCAUUGUCUACUUUUUCUUAAGCAGUGUUGCUUUUGUUACAAAAUUAAGUGCUAUAAGGAAAAAACUCAGUCACGUUUGUUAACUAAAAUAGGUGGAUGCUUUGAAACAUGGAAUGAUGAUGUUUGAAAAAUUGUUGUAAAAAAGUAAAUGAAAUAUACUAUGUGAUUUUCAGUGAGCAUUUGAUAGCCCAUAAUCAGAAAAUCAUUUUUUUAACUUGUAAGUGUGCUUAUAUUGUAAUAUAUUGGAAUUUCUUCAUCUAUGCCAGACUUUACAGGUCUUUUUGGUGCCAUCUACACUGAUCAGAGAUUCAUUGUGUUGAUUCCCUUAUAUUUUGGGCAAAGAUUUUGAUAUACAAAACUGAUCUCUGAUCAGUGGAAAAGUGUUUUAUUUUUUCGUUUCACAUUUCAGUGAUGAAAUUGCUGUUAUUCUUUUUUGUCUUUUGCCAUAACAUGUAGCUAUCCACAAACAACGUCAAUGUUAUUUUUAUGUUAUUUUUUGUUUAGUUUUUUUUUUCUAUUAUUGUAUUUUUAAGAUAUGUUGCUUAUGUGUAACCUAAAUCAGUUAAAAAGCAUUUUGGUGCAGUCUUUCAUCAACAAUUAUAUAUUUGGCAGCUGUUCAUAAUCAAA